AUGAUGUCUCUACUCGAACCAGGUGUCAAUAAACCAAUGGUGGACAACUUUGUUAAUGCUGUCUUUUCGUCGACUAGCUCUAAGCCUAACGAAUCAUUGCGCUUCUUGACCCUACGCAACCAGUUUUCGUUAUCCGAACUGUUUACAAUCCAUUUCUACAACAGUCAGAUAAGGCUUUCCUGUACAAGCAUUGCUAGUUUGGUUAGUUCUUCUACUGAUAUCAUGAGCCCGUCAUUAAUUGGACGGUUUAGUGCUAAUGAAGUCAUUGUUGAUGGAUUCACAGUUACAAUGCCGAUAGAUGUUCUUCGUGUUAUCUUUCAGAUGCUCGGGAGUUUUCAAUGCAACUAUAUACACUUAGUUGAGUUGCCACCUACUAUAUACAACCAUCAGAGCGCGAAGACAUUUGAACUAGUUAACAAUGCCAUAUGCCCUGAUGACUUUCUCGGAUUCCAAUGCAAGCGCCUAUCUUUCUCUCUAUCCACGACCUCCGCGUCCCAUUUGAUUACUUAUACCGACAUCAUUGCCAAUAGCACAUCCUUCCAUCUAUCCCAUCCUUUCGCUCCUUAUGAAUACAAGACAGCGAAUGCCCUUAUAAAUAGCAGCGUUGACCUGGUUUAUUAUGAGAGCUCUGCGAAGAGUAAGAAAGAGAAGAAUCAGCCUAAUAGCGAUCGGAUUUUAUUGCUUAUUCAAGAAUCUAUAUACACCAAGUCUUCAUAUAUGACAAAGGCAAGUCUAUCGAGUCUCUUGGCCAAGAAUAUUACUAUGUUUCCCUAUCCGUUUUGUCUUGAGGUGAUCGCCGAUAAACUUCUGCUAGUUGCACAGACACCUAAGAAGGACCGAUUGCCUAUGGGCCGAGAUGGACUUGAUUUUAUACAGACACUUGAAAGAUUGGUUAGUACUGGCUACUACCGCGCAGUCAUCUUUCUAGGCACGUUGAAUAAGCAGUACACCAGUGCUGAUAUGCGUAUAAUCAUCAGCCUUUGUGCCAAACUGGCUACCUACUGCCCUAAGAUGAUUCUGAAAGGCCUUGGCUUUGAACUCGCUACUGACUUGACUCCCAACCAAAAUCUCAACAAGCUUGGUUCCAUUGAAC